AUGGCGCUGCUGAAGCUGCAGUUCCCCCUGCAGAGGCGUGUGCGUCUGGCCCAGAGUCUGUGGCUGCUGUCCUGGCUGGCUGUGCUGGCUGGGGCCUUCACCUUCUCCCUGGGAGUGUACCUCAAGACCGAGCUGCUCCGCAGGGCAGAGGUGAUGGAUAACACAGAGAUCCAUGUGGUGCCCAACAUUUUGAUGCUGGUGGGCUUGAUAACCAUCGGGAUCAACCUGUUUGCUGGGCGGGUGUGUCAGGACUCCCUGGACUCUGCCCGGUUCCCCCCCUGGAAGCCCUUCCUGCUGCCCUGGUAUGGCCUGGCCUGGAUGGUGUGUGUCUGGUUGCUGUCUGCUGUGGUGCUCAGCUAUGCCCUGCAGGGACACCUCGAGGAGUCACUCAAGGUGGGCCUGAGGAACGGUAUCCGGUUCUACCGGGACACGGAUGUCCCGGGCCGCUGCUUCCAGAAGGAGACCAUCGACAGGCUGCAAAUGGAACUGCGUUGCUGCGGCAACACCAACUACAGGGACUGGUUCGAGGUUCAGUGGAUCAGCAACAGAUACCUGGACUUCACCUCUAAAGAAGUCAAGGAUCGUGUGCGUAGCAACGUGGACGGUCGUUACCUGAUGGAUGGAGUCCCCUUCAGCUGCUGUAACCCCGGCUCCCCUCGGCCCUGUCUCCAGAACCACCUGACUGACAACGCUGCUCACUACAACUAUGAGCACCAGAGUGAGGAGCUGAACCUGUACAUCCGCGGCUGCAGACAGGCGCUGGUCGACUACUACAUGGGCCUCAUGAACACCAUCGGCCCCGGGAUUCUGUCGGUCAUCUCCCUGCAGAUGUCAGUGUUGGUGAGUCUGCGGUACCUGCAGACGUCUCUGGAAGGUGUGGAUACGGAGAACCCUGAAGCUGACAGCGAGGGCUACAUCCUGGCGAAGGGGGUGAAAGAAACCAUGAUGGACGUCAAGAACACCAUGUUCAACCUGCUCCAGUUCGGACAGGUGGAAGCAGGUGAUGAGGCAGAAGCAGGGGAGGACGGUGAGAAGGCAGCCACGUCCAGCUAGAUGAAAUAUAAUAUAUAACCAUAUAUGGGUUUGAGACAGGAAGGGAGGCUUCUUAGUUCUGUGACCUCAUGGUGGUCUAGCCUGUGACCAGGCUAAUGGUGGGCUAGCUAGAGCUCUGUGUUGGCUUUGACACAGGCACUGAACUUUUUGGCUUGAUUUAUACUGCAACAAUGUACGAGCACUAAAAUACAUAAGGAAUCUUAUCUUAUCAUGCUCUGCACAGACAAGACAAGAUCUAACAAUGCAGAGGGUUUUUAACCUGACAGAAUUUGGAAUGAUAAUCUUUGAGUCAAGAACAAAACAUGAAAGUCAAGAAGACACUGGAAGGCACCGAAGAACACACACAUUUUAUAAAUACUCAAAAAGAAUACUCACAUACUCGUACACAAGUAAAUGAAAACACACACACUUUGAAGUACACUAAUGUUCUGAUGAUCUUUGAUUCAGAUCUGACUAAAUCUAAAGCACACAGUUAACGUAAUAAUACAAAGACUCACCCUAUGUGAAGAAGGCCUACAGUCAAUUGAAUACUGAAAUGGCUAGAGUUUGUUAACGCACUGCUAAGUAACGUGUCAAGAUGAUGUGAAGUUGGCAUCAGGCAUUUAAUAUAUUAAAGUUAGUUGCUUUUAAUGGA